CACAAUGGAAUUCAUUGAUGAGGAUAGUGAUGCCCAAUAAAUUUGUAUGUACAAUUUAUUAUGCAUGGAUAAAUUUUGUUCCAAAUUGCACCCUAGAGCAUUUGCAGGAAUAUGUAUAGGAUUUUUAAAUAGUUAUUGCAAAAAUCAAUCAAUAUGUGGGCUAUAACAUUUCAGUAUUGAAUAGCUAAGAGACAAAAUCCAAUAGCAUCCAAUUAAUGGAAUUCGGUAGUACAAUUUAUGCCCGACAAAUUGUGAAAACUUGAGAUGUAGAUACCUGCAUCCUCCAUGGUUAAAAAAUAUCUGUCUAUAAUGCUUAAAUAAAACUAAAUAAUGCAAAGGUGAGCCAGCCUUAAUUCAUAAAGUGACUUGGGAUAAAUUAAGAGAUAUUGUAUACAAAGAGUAUUCAAUUUCUGGAGUUAAUCCGGAAAUGUUUUGCGUUGAGAUCAAUUGUGAUUGUCCUGCAAAAAUCUACAAUUUUGAUCAAUUUUGCAUAAAGAAUUUCAAAGGCAUCUGUCCGAUGUUAGAUGGCAGAUGUAUAAUGCCUCACAAAAGCUGGGAAAGUCUAAAAGAAAAUUCACUCUAGAAAGUAAAAGAAAAAGCAAUUGUUGCUAAAGGGUGUAUAAAGUUUGAUGAAAAAGAUAAAAGUUUUAUUAAAUAGCAAUAAAAACAAUAAAAUAUGCAAGUGUUUAUAGAGCAAAGUUCACUUUCGACAAUGGUUAACCAAAUAGAACUUCGACCCUAAGUGGACAUUAUAUUUAUCAUAGAUUGUACCAUAAGCAUGGCAGACUGGUUAAUUGCUGCAAAACACAAUAUCAAAUUUAUUAUUAAAGAAUUUACAAAAAAAAUUUCGGUCUCAUCUUGUGUCAGAUUAGCUGCUGUUUGCUAUCGAGACUUUACUGAUGGACCGAAUCAUAUCUAAUACCACGAUUUCACGGUUUAGCCAGAAGAAAUAGAAAAGUUUAUUGAUAAAUUCCAACCUAAUGGAGGAGAUGAUAUACCUGAAGACUUGAUUGGAGCCUUAGAUGUUGCAUAUAAUUUAAAUAUUUCUAAACAUCCAGACAGUAUUUUAUAGAUAUUCACUAUAACUGAUGCCCCUUGUCAUGGGAAAAAAUAUCAUGAUUUGAUUAUUGAUGAUAUGCCUGAUACAAAUAAUUUAGAGGAGAAGUUAGAAAAAUUUGUUCAAAAAAAGAAGCGAUUUUUUUUUUCAUUUAUUUCCAUUCGAUAAUAGACUGAUAAGAUGGAAGAAAUUUUUAAGAAGUGUGUUCCAAAUUACUCAAGUGCUAAAAUUACAGAAAAUAAAUUUUCAGAUUAUGUUUUAUUCUCGUUAUCUGCAACUAUGCAUAAAUCAACAAAAAUAGAGGAUGAUAAUGAGUUUAUAUUUAGAGAAGUUAAAUAUAGAAAAUAAUAACAAAUGAAUUAUAUUUUUGAAACAAGGGAUGGCUCUUACAUGAAUUAAUUUAGAUCAUAGAUGAAAAGGACAAAGUUGGAAAAAAAAUAUACAUUAUUAUAAAUUGAAAAAUCUGAACUCAAUCUUGAAAACUAUGAAAAAGGACAAAAUGUUCAGGUAUUUAAAGCUUUUGAUUAAAAAAAUAAUAUUUACGUUGUAUUGAAAAUUCCUAAAUUUAUUAUUUAAUAGCUAAAAAAAAAUUAAUUUAUUACGGAAGAAUUAUAGGUAAAAUCGAAAAAUUACGCUAAAAACAAAUAUUAAUAGCAAUUAAUCGCUAAAUAGUUAUCUCAUUAUUUCAAUUAAUAAUGCUCUUAAUAGAACGGAGAAUUUCUACCUAUUUAUUAUGCUACACCAUUCAUAUAUUAUUUUGAUCUUCCAGUAUUUGGAAUAAAGGUCAUAUAUGGAGAAAGCUACAUUGAUUUAGACAUACCUUGGAAGAAAUAUAGUAACAAUGCAGAUUUUUUUGAAAAAGAGUACAAUUUUACAUCUUUUUCCCAUUUUACAUAUGUCAAAACCAAUUAAAACCUUAUUAUCACUGACUUAUAAGGAAAAUCAAAUUUACUUAGUGAUCCAUGCAUUCAUUCCAAAGAGUUAGAAGAUGAAGGGAACUGCUAAGAAGUUGGUAGUAAUAAUUUUUUCUAAUUUCAGCAUUAGAAAUGCACCCCAUUAUGCAUUUCUCUUAAAUUGCCUAAAAAUAUGCUUCAAACAGAUGCAUCAUAAAUACGAUAAUACGAGCAAAUAAUUGAUGUAUUCGGAGGUAAAACUGAUCAAAGUAAACUUUAAAAAAUUUGUGCAAAUUGCAAUUGUUAAGAAAAAUUAGAAAAUUUAUCUAAUCUUCAAGAAAUUUGUAGUGGAUGCCUCGAAAAAAAAAAGUAGGUAGAUGUGUCUAAAUGUGAAUGCUGCAAUGAAGAGUUUAAAAUUUCAUUUAAUUAUGAAUAAUUACAGGAAACCUUUAUCAACUUCUGUAAAAACUGCAAAAACAGUGACUGUAAUAUGUUCAACCAACAAUGUCAUUAUUGUCAAAGCAAAAUCUGCAAAUAGACUGAGAAAACAAUUUAAAUCCAAAACAAGACUUAUUAUAUCUGCUUAGAUGCCUUUCAUUACUUGAGAUAGAUUAGAUGCACGCGAUGUUAAAAAGAAUAUUAAUUUAAGAAACUUUUGACAAAAGAGGAGUACUGUGAUAAUCAUUAUAAUUAUAUUUGCAAUACUUGUGCUUGAAUUUAAAACGAAACUUAAUGAAUAAUCUCAUGAGGUUAGAG